GUUUUUGUUUAAUCCACACAUUUCCUGCACUUCCCAGAUUUCAGUCAUAAACAUCAUUCACCAUGCUGUACUUUAUUUUACCUCUGUAUAGUCCAUCCAAAGUAUGUAUAAUGCCAUCCUGGAUUCCCGCCGUCAGAUCAGUGGAGGUCCGGACGCAAUUGAUUCAAGACACACAAUAAGAUCAUCUAUCUUCUCAGAUAACUGUCAAAGUAAAACGUUAUCAUUCAUUAUCAAGCAUUGUUGCACUCUUGUUUACAUAAUUCUAUCUUAAGUGGGCUUCAUACCCUACUGGCCAAUCAGAACAGCGAGAUAUCAUGCCACCGCCAAGAAAAAAAAGAAGAACUUGACAACUCCAGAUUCGAGAUCCAACCAGCCACUCCAUAUAGAUCUAUAUCAGAAAAACGAAACAGACAAAAUGUGUCAAGCGUGUGUUCCAGGUGUUUCAGUCGAUGGCUACGACUGCGACUCGGAUUUAGAUCUCGAGUCUGAUGACGGCUGUGCCUGUCCCCAUGACCAUAAGGAGCAUCACCACGAACAUGAGCAUGAAGAUGAACACAAUCACGAACAGAAAGAUAUAAACAAGGACAACUACUCUCAAGUAGUGACAUUCCCCUCUGAUCCCUUCUUCACCCGCCUCAUCAACGCCACACACCAAUACCAAGAUCAAAUCAUCAUCAACGACAGUGCCCAGGGGCUGCAACUCACCUACGCCCAAUUCCUGCAGGAUGUCCAGGCCCUCCGGUUGAAGAUCCAGAGUGCAGUUCCUGCAGAUGUGCUGGAUGCAAGUGGUGUCUUUAAAGAGGGUGUUGACGCCAAUGUCGGCGUGCUGGCAGAGAUCCAGUAUCCGUUUUUCGUGGCCAGUUUGGCCAUUCUUGCUAUGGGGGGUGUUAUUGUGCCUAUGGGACAUGAACCUGAGCCCGAACAAGCAGUCGCUGUUUUGAAUGAAUCUAAAUCGACAGUUCUGGUCUUCGAUCCCACCCAGACAGACCUGGCCACAGCAAUCAAAAAAGAGGAUGAAUCCAUCACCCAACUCCCUAUUGAAAUCAACCAGACUCAGAAGAAUCCAGAGAAACUCGGAUUUGCCACCGCCGACGACGUGGUCAUCGCCCCCGAGCGUCCGGCUCUUCUUCUGUUCACCGACAGCGACACACCUGCCGUGUUGACCCGCCAGACUUUCUACGAUCAGGCCACUGAGUCAAUUGCAAGUUUUCUGAACUAUAGCCUCGACCUCAUGUCAGGUCCUGGAAGCACCGAUGGCGCUCAGCCGUAUUCCUCCAUGGCUGGGAAGCUGGACUCCAACCUCCUCCGAGCCCUUGAAGUAAUGGGGUUCGACUCCAUGACGCCUGUCCAACAGCGUGUUUUGACCGAACUGCCCAACUGGCGCAGUGACUGCCUCGUCCAGGCCAAAACUGGCACGGGCAAAACUCUCGCUUUUCUGCUACCUGCGUUGCACUGUCUGCUCCAAGGCUAUUCGCCGCCAAGAGGUCAGGUCGGCGUCUUGAUCAUCACUCCCACAAGAGAACUCGCCCAGCAGAUCGCAAAGUCAUGCGAUCAACUAACAUCACAACUGGCGAAGCCUCUUGAGUGCCACAUCGCAGUUGGUGGAACGGCUCGGGCAUCUGCUUUUUCGCGCUUCAUCAAGGGAGCGCCAUCUGUUUUGGUGGCGACCCCGGGACGACUCAAGGACUAUCUCUCCGACCCCUCUGCGGCUGAGAAGCUGUCUAAUAUCCAAACUCUGGUUUUGGAUGAAGCCGACACUAUGCUCGAGACCGGAUUCAUCGCUGAUGUGAAGCAAAUUCUCCGACUUAUUCCACCAAAGAGCACCGGCUGGCAAGGAAUGUGCUUUUCCGCCACUGUUCCUCCCAAGGUCAAGGAUGUGGUCAAGGUUGUCUUGAAGCCAGGCUACAGUAGCCUUUCGACCAUUGAAGAGAACGAGGCACCAACGCACGAGAGAGUACCCCAGUACCACGUACUCAUGCCGGGGGUGGCAGACACAUUCACCACACUCGCCUCCCUUCUCAAACUGGAAAUCAAGAGCAGCUCGAAAAUCAUCGUCUUCGGCGUUACCGCAAACAUGGUUGCUCUCUUCGCAGGACUCUUUUCUCAAGGCUUGACUCCUUUGAGGGUGUUUGAGAUUCACUCCAGACUCAAUCAGAGCGCUCGCACCAAAACUACGGCCCAAUUCAAGGAGGCAGCUGCUGGAAUCCUGUUCGCCUCAGAUGUCAUUGGUCGUGGCAUGGAUUUCCCUAAUGUCGACUUGGUUAUCCAGGUCGGUUUGCCAUCCAACGGCGAGCAGUACGUCCAUCGUGUCGGUCGUACAGCCCGAGCUGGCAAUGACGGCCGCGCUAUCAUCCUUCUCACCGAAACCGAAUCUUUCUUUAUGAGAAACAACCGCCACCUACCCAUCAAACCCCAUCCGCAGACCGACGCAAUCAACGAGGGCGCCGCCUCAUGCGCCGAUGCCGUCACCCAGGCUAUGUACGCCAUCGAUGAAGAGAAAAAGCAACGCGCCUACUCGUCUUUCAUCGGUUUCUUCGCUGGGUCCGGUCUUCUGAGACAGCUGCGUCUCGAUAAGGCCGGUCUUGUUCAGCUCGCAAACGACAUGGCUAUGAAUGGCAUGGCGUGCCCUGAACCUCCACCGAUGGAGAAAAAAACCAUUGGCAAGAUGGGCUUGAAGGGCGUUCCUGGAUUCAACUAUGCGAGUGGAGGUGACUCUUUUCGGGGCAGUUCCUCGAGACCGCGCAAUAAUCCUCAGGGCAAGAUUCGUGAUGCGCUGAGCCCUGGGGCUGGCGGAGACCGAGGUGGAGUUGAGAAAAGACGUGGAGGAGGUCGUGGAGGUCGUGGGCGUGGGCGUGGAGGGCGUGGUGGAAAGCCGAGGGGAGCAUGA